GGCGCGCGGAGUGCGUGUUUGUUGUUGGCAAAAUUAAUUACGAAUUCGUACGAAGUUUUCGACUGUGAAAGUGUUGAAGUGGUUGUUAUUGGAUUUAAAAGAUUAAUUUCAAAUAGGAGCGGCUCUCAGGAGUUUCGUAGAGAUGUGCGCUGCGCCUGCCACCUGACGGCCCAGACAAGAUGCGCUGCUGCCAGUUUGUAGUGCUUUUGCUGUUGUACCAGACGCUACCCAGUCACGAAGAUGAGGCGGAGAUUUGUCCGAUCGGUUUCGAAGUGUCCUACACAAAAGGAAAUCGCCCGAUAUGUCACAGACUCAAGGGCCCCGAGGCCUUCGAGGACGUCUACGAGGACUGCAUCGGAAACAUGUUCAGCGUCAAGCUGUACCGCGAACUAAAACUCGACAAAAUCGAGCCUCCGAAACACAAGAUCUGGACGGAGUACAAGUCGUUCUACCCGGGUGGACUCCCCGUGGACACGUCGCGCACGAGUCACUUCGGAGAUGAACUCGCGCCCGCGUCGAUCGAGUCGAUCGAUCGCGACAUAAACAUAGACGAGGAGUGGUGCGCCGUCCUCGAUCCGCACACCAACUUCACCCUCGUGAAAUGCUCGGAGAAGCACUACAGGUACUGCUUCGUCGAUGCCUACCCGGACGCCGACGAGGUGACGAACGAGGGGUGCGAGGGUUUCGAGGGCUCGAUGAGGUUUCGGAGCCCAAUAUCGACGUGCGUGGCGGCGGUGGAAGGCGCGGGCGGCGGCUCCGUGCGCGCGACCUGGAGCCAGGCGCGCGACCUGUGCGCCGCCCGGGGAGGCUCGCUGCUCUACAGGGGCUGGAGAUACGCCAACAGGGUGUACGCCAGCAGCUCCAAGACCAUUAACAGAAUACUGCCGCUGGGAGUCAAGAUGAACGACGACUCGCUCCGAUACGACGCGCUCGAUGACCAUUCAGAGGUUCCACAAUCGAAGCGGCAUUUUAAGGAGAACGGGAGCAAAUACGACGAGUCGUUUGGGGCCCAGCAGGAGGUGUACUGGUACCUGGUAAACAGCUCCUACGUAUUCUACAACGUGGCCUGCGAGCGCGCGGUACCGCUUAGAAACCUCGGCCUGCACCUCACCAUAGACUAUGACAAAAAACUGAUGAAACUGGCGAUAAACGACACAAUAGAUCCGGACGACAUCACGUGCUACACCGACUCGAUCGUAAGAUACCCGGAACCAGUCUCAAAGGUUACGGGAGGCAAAUACUGGUACCGAUUAAAUGAAAAUGGCUACUACUGGUGCUCACACAAAGACUUGACGACCUACGCACCCAGCGAGUCCAAUAAGAUUUUAUACAUUAAAAAACCAGAGGCCGUGAAAAACGUUUUUGCGAUCAAGAUUCAGCUAGGCGAAGCGUACACCCCGAGCGGGUUCCAGAAGAAGUUUAAAUAUAUAUGGAAAUAUAAAGUGCUCAGGUAUCUAUACUUCAAAUACCAAUACGAGAAUAAGUACGGAAAGCUGAACGGACCAAGUGAGGAGGGAGUGUUGAGGAAAUACAUGAAUGAGAAAAAAGAGAACUAUACCGAGGACGUGCGAAGCGAUGUGAAGCGAUUGUACCUAGACAUGCGGACGGUGCUGGUCCACGUCCUACUGGAACCGCCCAACAUGGGCAAAGUAUCCCCGGGCACGUGGGAGGGCAUGCGGAUUGUGUACGUCAAGCCCGUGUACUUCUGCACGGACGACGGGAUCGACACACCUUUAGGAGGCUCUGUUAACUCGAGCGUGUGUAAGACGCGAUCGUGCGUCGGAGACUACAUGGAGGGAGUGAGUUCGGUUGAAACGAAAAGGGAGGGCUGCAAAGCUCCCAACGUGGAGGCAGUGACCACACAGACGGCGAACGAUACUAGAACGUGGAGCGGCGAGAGCUCGGAGGAGUCUACAGAGUUUGCGCCUAACAUAACGCUACCGUUAACCACGGAGAUGUUGCCUACCUGGGAGCCCGCCCCGGAUCCCUCCACGGAGCCCGUUUCGGAACCCUUCUUGGAGCCAAUUCCGGAACCCUCCUCAGAGUCCUCCUCGGAGCCGUGUUCGGACCCCAUAGAGGAGACGACUGCGACGGUCACCAUGGUGGUGCCUCCCCGCCCGCCUAAGCCCACCACUACGAAGAAGCCAACUACUACCCCUCCGCCCAUGACCACAGACUUACCUGCCACAACGGAAGUUCCGCGUGAUCAACAGGUGCAGGAAGUUAUCAAUGAACUGGAAGGCCUCCUGUCAAACGAGGGGAACCUCACCGUUGGUGACAUCGAUGAUGUAUUUACUAAUGUGGACGCUAUUCUGAACGAGGACGACGACCUGGAGAUCCCCGGGCAGCUGCUGGACCUGCUGGAGCAGCUGGGCAACACCGUGGUGCUGAACGACACCGAGCAGAUCGUCCGGCCCAACAUCGCGCUGCUGAUGGCCGACGCGCGCCCCCAGAACCCCAUCCGUGGCUUCCGCAUCGCCGUCGUCAAUGACACCUUCGAGGAACACGAUUUUGAGUUUAUAUCCGAGGCACCAAACUCGACGGUCCUGAACGCGGGAGAGAGUGAGGUGGUGGUGAACCUGCCCCCGUCGGUGUCGGAGUCGGAGCGGCGCGUCAGCUUCGUGGUCUUCCGCAACGACCGCGCGUUCCAUUCCCAGGGCUUCGCCGUCAACAGCCGCGUGCUCAGCGUCAACGUUGAAAACGUCACUCACUUCCACGGAGGAGAGGUUAUAGACAUUCAUCUCAGCCCGAUAGUUACGACGCUGGCGCGGAACGAGAGCCGGUCGUGCGCGUACUGGCACUUCCUCGAGAACCGCACCGGCUACUGGUCCCAGGAGGGGUGCACCUUUAUCCGCGCGACCGAGGAGGGGAUGUUGGACACGUGCAGGUGCAACCAUCUGACACAUUUCGCCGAGGUUCUAGCGCCGAAAGCGGUGUUCUCCGAAGCCGACGAAAGCGCUUUAGAAAUUAUAUCGAUCGUCGGCUGCUUUCUGUCUAUACUGGGACUCAUCAUGAUCGGCGUCACCGCCCUCCUCUUCAGAUCCUGGCGGCGAGAGUACAGCAACAAGAUCUGGCUUCAACUGUGCAUGGCGAUAUUUAUUACGGUUCUGAGCUUCCUACUAGUUAUAUUCGUGCACUUCGACCAGCAGGAUAUGUUGUGCCUGCUGGUCGGUGUACUUCUCCACUACGCUGUGCUGGCGUCGUUCUGCUGGAUGCUGGUGGCAGCGGUGCUGGCGUACCGGCGGCUGGUGCUGGUGUUCUCGCGCGACGCCUCCCACAAGCUGCUGAAGGCGGCGACGUUCUCGUGGGGCGCGCCCUGCGUCGUCGUCGGCGUCCUCCUGUCUGUCUCCCGAGACUCUUACGGGAGAACAUUCGAGGAGAUGACCCCCAGCGGGACCUUCUGCUACCCCACCGGCGUGGGUUUCUGGCUGACCGUUUACGCGCCGAUAUCGGCCAUUCUUCUUACAAACUGGAUACUAUUCGCGUUGAUAGUCCGUUCCGUGUUUGUCUCGAGGAGGAUCCAGAGGCACGGUGAGAACAACGAGGCGCUUCGGUGCGCCUCGGUGAGUUGUAUGCUGGUGUUCCUCUUCGGGUUGCCGUGGAUCUUCGGUCUGUUCGCCAGCAACGUGGUCGCGGCCUAUCUGUUCACGUUGACUGCGACGUUCCAAGGAUUCAUUCUGUUCGUGUUUUUCGUGAUAGGGAACAAGAAGACGCGCGACCUGUGGCUGAACAAGCUGCACAUCAAGCAGACGCGCAAGGUGCCCGUGACGUCUUCCACGUACACCAACCGCAGCGCCGAGUGGCGCGCCGCCAACGCGCCAGCCGCUCUCGAGGCGAAGGUCUCGAAACCGAAAGUCCUCGCGUCUAAGGACGAAACUAGAUUCUCUUGACAUGAGCCAAAGAAAGCGAUCAGUGAAUCUGGAAUAUUAUUGCGGCGCGCCGGCCGGGACUUGUUCAAUUGUGUGAACACUUUGACCUCUAUUGUUUAUUAAUUAUUUUAUUGUCACCAAAUAUCUUAGAUACCUAUAUAAUAUUAUUAUUGCGACUCCGAAUUAUUGACUGUUUGUUGUAAUAUUUAUAUUAGAUGUAAAUAGUUUAUCAUCACAUUUUUAGAUUGUUCUUAAUCAAAAAUGUGAAUCUGUUUUAAUUGAGUUGGUGCAGUUGAUGAUAAAAAUAUUAUAGGUAUUUUUGCAACCUCCUUAUUGUUAUUUAUAAUGUUUACUGUUUAGUUUUCUCUAGUCCAGUCUAUGUAACGUAUAUUAUAAGUUGUUAAGCCUUAAUGCCAACGUUUUUGUAGUAAGUAUACUACAAUUCGAACGUAUAGAGAAGCUGUUCAAGUCUUUACUCUACUUUUGUAAUUUUAGGACUAGAUGCU